GCCGGGUAAAAGGGAUUUGACAGUAGCAGGUUUCUAGCUGAUCCUUCAGUUGACUUCCUCAGUGGGGCCGAGACAUAGACGAUGGCGGCGGCUGCCUGCAGCCAGCACACCGCUGUCACUACCGCCACCGUUAGUGGCAAAAAACCGCAUGCUAACAGAGAAAAUAGCCGGAGGAACCGUGAGAACUCGCGACGGAGACAAGCGGCUCUUUUGUUUCUCAGUAACAUCUCCCUGGACGGCCGGCCAGUCCAGAGUAAUUCCGCUGAAAAUCAAGGAACCCGCCACCACAAACACAACGACUCGGAGGGAGCAGACUCCAGCUCUGCGGCGGGGGCUGCAGCCGGUUUGUGUCCGGAUACCGGCAACAGUAGUAGCUACGGGACAUUCUCUAAUGUACCAGCUUCCGUAAGCAGCGGGACAGUCACUCAUUCCGCGGCACCGAGAACGGGACUCACCACCGUGCCGCCGAUUCUCGUCCUGCCGUCGGACACGGGCUUCAACGAUGUGGGGAGCACCGAGGUGUUGUUGGAGUGUCGCAGAGGCUCGUUUCCUUCCUCCGGGAACAGUAACCUGCUCUCGGCGUCCCCUUCCAACACCAGCCUGCUGCCGUCGCCGGUGGGACCGCGGAAGUCGUCCACUUUGCUGUCGGUUCAAAGCUGUAACUCGGUGUCCUCAGAGCCGCGACAAAGAACUCGUAACCUCUCCGGUGGUUCUCCCAGACCUCGACACACCAAGAAGAUUCACUUCAUCAAAAAUAUGAAACAGUACGACACAAGAGGCAGCAGAAUCGUGCUCAUCUGUGCUAAGAGGUCUCUGUGUGCUGCCUUUUCUGUUCUUCCCUACGGAGAGAGCUUCUACCUCAGUGAUCCUUCGUUAAAUCACCCCAGGAGGAGACACUCGUCUGGAAACAUCUCUACCACCCUGGAAAUGCUGCCGGGCCUAGAGGGUUUUCACCUGGACACCUACGGCAGGUCUGUGUCAUACGCACAGUUCCUGUACCCCACUAACGCGCUGGUGAGGCAGAAGCCGUCGUCUGCCAGCGACCUGACGCUGCAGAUUCCCGUUUCCAGGAGCACACACAGCAUUCCGGGCAGGAGCUACCCGCCCAGCCGGCUGAGCAGCACCGUGGGACUGGAUCUGGGUGUGGAGGAUGUGAUGGAUUAUGACCCCAACCUGCUCAGUGACCCCCAGUGGCCCUGCGGCAAACACAAACGAGUGCUGAUCUUCGCCUCUUACAUGACGACAGUUAUAGAAUAUGUCAAACCGUCUGAUCUGAAGAAAGAUAUGAACGAGACUUUUAAGGAGAAGUUUCCUCACAUUAAACUCACCCUCAGCAAAAUCCGAAGCCUAAAGAGAGAGAUGAGAAUAGUCGGGGAGGACUGCGGCCUGCAGCCCGUCACCCUCGCGAUGGCAUACGUCUACUUUGAAAAGCUGGUGCUGCAGGGUCGCCUCAACAAGCAGAACAGGAAGUUGGUCUCAGCUGCAUGCAUCCUAUUGGCAGCUAAGAUCAGCAGUGACCUCAAGAAACAGGAAGUCAAACAUCUAAUUGACAAGCUGGAGGAGCGUUUCAGGAUCAGCAGGAGGGAGCUCAUAUCAUUCGAGUUCACCAUCCUGGUCGCCCUGGAGAUGGCGCUCUACCUCCCAGAGAGCAAAGUCAUGCCACAUUUCAGACGGUUGGUGCAGCAGCAGCAGGUAUAGCAGUGCCUGGCUCAGCGGCACUGCAGCACGCUUCUCCGCCUCUGCAGAGAACCUCAGCAUCUUCGAGCUCCAGCACUGUGACGGAUCAGUCCUCGUGAUGCCUGGCUCAAAGGCUCAGACGCCACCCAGAAAUCAUCCUCCUCCUUCCUGCGCACUACAUCAGACUUCAGCCACGCUGUCGUGGCAGCAAACGGCUCAAAGACGUCACUGCAGAG